GUCUCAUCAAGGCGGAUCGUCACACCUACCUGAAACUGCUGUAUUGAACUGGGCCCCAAUGCGCCUGAGAGGACGGCUGUUGUACUACCAUUAUUGGCGCAUUUACGCGAUUGCUAUGAUGGGACAUGCAACCUAUUAGCCACAUGAUGUGUAGUCUGCUAGGCCAAAGUGAUGUAGGGGCUCGGCUCCAUGCGGCAUCUGUCAUGUCAGCAGCACUUAAGGAGCUUCGUGCGCGCCUGCAUGAAGCAAGAUGGGAUAACGAUGAUCAGGUUGCAGCGGCAUGGCAAAACGCAGAAACCGAACUUUAUAGGUUAUGGCCCUCGCUGGUGACAGAUCUGGGCGGCCGAGAGACGCAAGCUCAGGUGUUGGAGGAAUUGUGCGGUGCUGCGAAAAGUGCAGCAGGCCUACUGCUAUACGCGGCUGAGGUCUCCGCAAACAAAACUGCGUCAGGGUUGCGCGGGGGCACGAAUGGCGAUGGCAUGACAGCUAUAACGGCCGCAACGUCGGGCUCGGGCAGUCCCUUUGCGUCUGUCAAGGCAUCGGUCGUGUGGGCAUCGCAGCACGUUAUCGGAGCCUCCGGUGCAGCUUGCUGUCACCAUUUGUCAGUGCGGCCGGAGUGGGAGCUGGCAUGGUUGCAAGUCUUGCGCCAUGUAUUGAAGGCCCUACGUUGCGUGGAAGCAACCGAGCCAUUGCCACUGCUGCCGAUGUGGGCUUGCCUGAAGGGUGUUCCCGGGCUGCGUAACUCCAGCGCGGAUGUCCGUACGGCAGCCGUACUCUUCCUACAUGACGCUCUGGCGCUGCAGUACGACACCAGGGGCGUUGUCGUACCCAGCACCAGUAAUGGCGCCGUACAAGGAAGUACGGCAUCGGAGACGUCAAAGGGAUCUCCUGAAGCAGUCAGCGGCAGCAGCGGUGUUAGGUGUGACGUCAACCCUUGGGUGGUAUGCCAGGAGCUGGCCUGCCGGGUGGCAGCGGAGGACAGUGACCCACGGGUCAGGGCAGCGGCGCUGCGGGCUGCGGCAGCGCUGCUGGGGCUAGGGAUGUGUCUCGAGCAGCUGAGCGGGCGCGAGUGGCGCAGGCUGGCGGAGGGAGUGCUGCAGGCGGCGGCGCCGGGGGCGACGGCGGCGAUGGGACAGUCGGCGGGAUCGAAGGCUUCGGAGAUAUGGGACGCCGUACUUUCCUUCACCCGGCAGCAAGGCAGCCACCCCGGCUGGCGGGGGGCUGUACGACAGCUCGGCAUGCAGCUGCAGCAGGCUGCGGCAACCGAGGAGGGCCCGAUGUCAGUGUACGGCAUCUCGACCAUCUGCCGUACGGUUGCCGGGGCGGCGGCUGUGCAAGCGGCGCUUGAGCAACCGGCCCUGCCUGAUCUGCUGGGGCAGCAGCAGCAGCAGCAGGAGGCUGCUGCUGCAUGGGGGUCAUCUGGGUCACCGACGGAGGUCGCUGUAAAAGCUGCCGAAAUCCAUUCACUAGAACCAGACACUCUAGGGCUGUUGCUGCAGUCACUGGCGACCUGCCUCAGCGACGCUAUGCGGUGCGACAAGGCUGCUGCGACCCAUGGGUCGCUCGAGGAAGCCUGGCAGCGCCUACUGCUCCAGGACACCGACGGCGUCCUGGCGCAGGGCGAUGUAACGCCCACAGCGACAACGCCUGACACUCGCAACCCCCCUGGCAAUGAGCGGAGGACGGAUACCUCAGUGAAGAGAGGUGAACCUGCCGCACCCGUGGCCGAUGCUUGGGAGAAACAGGAGCAGGAGAGGCCCGAAGAGCUAGGGGUGGGCGAGGCGGAUGCGCUGGUGGUGGCGGGCGCUGUUUGCGCGGCGAGCUGCAGCGUGGGGCGGCUGCUGGGGGCUGCGGGGAGCUUGGAGGCGUUGGAGACACUAGUAGCAAGGGCCGAGGUCGCGCCGCUCGUCUACCAUCCAACGGCUCCAGUCCCUCCGCCGCCAGCCAGUCGGCCCGCGUUGCUGGCCGCUGCCUCGGCGUUGGCCGCAGGAGCUGCUGAGGCGCUGAGGGCUGCAGCUGGCGACGGCGGCGGCAGCGUUGGCGUCUCGAUAGCGCCGUACGCUGCUGCUGCUGCCGGGGGCGCAACGCAGCUGCAGCUACCCGCGCAGCACGUGUCGGCGUCGCAGCUGGCGACGGCGGUGCGGCUGGCUCGGCUGAUGAGGAGGAUUGCGGGGAUGCUGCAGGCACCCGACAAGCUGUUGUUCGCUGAUGUGGGCGGCGCGCCGGCUGCUCCGGAGCCGGCUGCAGCGGCCGCGGCACAACAGCACCGGCUGUGUGUGGUGGCGGGAGCGGCGCUGUUGUCACGGCUGCUGGGGGUGCUGCCGGCACCGCUGGGGGUGCGGCCUGGGGGCAGCGACGGCAGGGACAGCAGUGGCGGGGAGGAUGGAGAGGAUGGGACGAAGCAGCAGGAAGGAAAGGCUGAGGAGGAGCAGGAGGAGGAACCAGCGGUUGGAGGCGCGUCGCAUGAGCAGCGGAAGCAGCAGCAGUUCCAAGGCCGGUCCAGGAGGCCAGUGGUGGUGAUAGAGGAGCUGCCCAGCAGUCCCACACAUGCGUCCUCGCCGCACCCAAAUCCCUCCCUGGAGUCUCAAGCAGCGCAGCACUGGCGGCAGCAGCAACAGCCUCUAGUCUCGGAACUGCUCUUGCUGUGCGCAACCUACGCAGCUCCCUCCAGAACGCAACAUCAGCAACAACCACCUGCUGCUGCCGUACAAGCAGAUCCUCCGGGUUUCGGAGCGGGAUCUCGAUCUGGGUCAGCGGCUGCCGGCUCCGCCCCCGCUGCUGCUGCUGAUCCAGGACUUCCGCCGCCGCCACGCGACGUAUUCACACCUUGGGCUGACAGCGGCGUUAGCGGCGUGACGGUGGCUUGCGAGGGGUUGCUGGGGGCGCUGCAUGCGCGGACGCGUGCUAGUCCGGCGCCCUCUCGGGCCCUGAGGAGCUCCUCAGCGGCGUCCGGAUGCGGUGCGGCUUCGCUGGCGCUGUUGACGGCUGAAGAGGUUUCGGAGCAGGAUCUGAUCGCGAGCUGCCUACCUGAGCUGUUGCGAGAUAAGAUCCGGCCGAUUGUCGUACAGAGGCACGUGCAGGAGCUUGAAGAGGGCCCUAUCAAGCCGUAUACAGGCCCAGACACCUUCACACGCGCCGUGGCUGCUCGCCGGCUUGCCUGGUUGCUCAUGCGCAGUCGCCAUCCCUUUGUUGGCGAGGCUCUUCGACUGGCGCUGCCGGCGGUGCUAGCCUGCUGCGACGACCCCGCACCUGGAGUGGGGCAGUACGGCAUCAGCAUGCUGCAUGCGGUCGCGGUGGAGUGUCUGGCAGCAGACCUGCAGUGGCAGCGGGAGCUGCUUCUGGAGCAGGCUCGGCGCCUGGUGGUGGGCUGCCAGGAGCAGCUGUGGCGCCUGGCGUGCCCCGCAGCGGUGGCGCUGGUGCGGCGCAUCGAGGGCAAGGACCCCCGCGCUCCUGGUUUCCACCGCCUGGCAUCGGAGCUGCUGACGGAGGCAGAGCGGCAGGCGCAUGUGCCCGCCCGCCGUACCGCCUUCCUGCCGCCCGCCGCCUGCCUGCUGACCUGCCUGGGCCUUACCUCCUUGCGCUACGCGGGCCGUCUCAUGCCCCUGCUGUUGGAGUGGCUGCAUGCGCAUGACGAGGAGACGAGGGUGGGUUCGUUGCGGGUGCUGGCGGUGGUGGUUCGCGUGACGUGGCCGCGUGUGGAGGCGCAUGCGGAGGCGUUGUGGCGGCACUUGCUGCUGGUGCUGCUGCGCUGCGGCGAGGAGGGCGAGGAGGGCGAGGAGGCGCGGGUCGCUAGGGAGGUGUGUGGGCUGCUGCUGGCGUGUGCGAGGGAGGAGGUGGUGGGAUUCCAGCCGGCAGCUGCGGGGCUGCCUGAGGGGGCGGAGCAGCUGCACAGGAGGAUGGUUGCUUGUGGUAGGGGUGGCUAAGGUGGAAGAUGGGGCUUCGCUGUUUGGGUGCGGUGCUUGAAGGGGCACAGAGGCACUGGACGGUUCGCAUGGGGACCCGCCUGGAGGCUUUCGUUGUGGAACGGUCAUUGAAGGUCUACGGGUAGUUCUGUCGCCAACGUUUCACGCACACUUGUAACAGUCUUUGUA